GGAGGCGGGGUGAAAAGAGGCGGUGCUGGCCUAGGCCUGCGUCUUGGCGCCUCGCACUGCCACCUCCACCCGCGGAGAGCAGGGCACAUGAGAUGGCCGCAGAUGACAAACGGUCUCCGACACUGGACUCUACCAGUGAUCUACCUCACUCUCCUAGUAGUCCGUCUCAUCUUACCCACUUCAAGCCCCUGACUCCUGACCAAGAUGAUCCUCCUUUUAAAUCAGCCUACAGUUCUUUUGUAAAUCUAUUCCGUUUCAGCAGAGAUGAUGGCAGGCUUUCAUCCCCGGCAGAGAGAGCAGAGGCAGGACAGAGUGACCCACAAGCGUUAAGUGGUGGCUGGUCCAGUCCUCAGCAUCCCACCAGGGCUCAGUCUCUGAGGUCACCGGUUCCUUACAAAAAGCAUCCGACCAGCGAGCUCCAAAGAAGAUCUUCUUCAACUCUUGACAAUCGAAGGAAAGUAGAACCUCCUCUUGGAGGUCAUGAUCCUCGAACAGCUGUUCAGUUAAGAAGCCUCAGCACUGUUUUAAAGCGUCUCAAAGAAAUCAUGGAGGGGAAAAGCCAGGACAGUGACUUGAAGCAGUACUGGAUGCCUGACAGCCAGUGCAAAGAGUGCUAUGACUGCAGUGAGAAAUUUACCACCUUCCGGCGGAGGCACCACUGUCGACUUUGUGGGCAGAUCUUUUGUAGUCGGUGCUGCAAUCAGGAAAUCCCUGGAAAGUUCAUGGGCUACACAGGGGAUCUCCGAGCCUGCACUUACUGCCGCAAAAUAGCCUUAAGCUAUGCACACUCCACAGACAGUAACUCCAUUGGAGAAGACUUAAAUGCACUGUCAGAUUCUGCCUGUUCUGUAUCGGUGCUGGAUCCCGGCGAGCCACGCACUCCUGUUGGGAGCCGUAAAGCAAGCCGCAACAUCUUUCUUGAGGAGGAUCUUACCUGGCAAAGUUUGAUUCACCCAGAUUCUUCAACUACCACACUGUCUGCACGCCUUGGGUCCGUCCAGGAGGAUGCAGGGAAGUCACCAGCUAGGAACCGAUCAGCCAGCAUCACUAACCUGUCACUGGAUCGGUCAGGGUCACCAAUGGUGCCUGCCUAUGAGACGUCUGUCAGCCCUCAGGCCAGUCGCACACAUAUGAAGGCAGAGACCAGCGAGGAUGAGCGCAAAAUCCUUCUGGACUCAGCCCAGCUAAAAGAUCUGUGGAAGAAAAUCUGCCAUCACAACAGCGGGAUGGAGUUCCAAGACCAUCGCUACUGGCUGCGGACACAUCCCAACUGCAUCGUAGGAAAAGAGCUGGUCAACUGGCUCAUCAGAAAUGGACACAUAACCACGAGGGUCCAAGCCAUUGCAAUAGGGCAAGCAUUGGUUGAUGGACGCUGGCUCGAGUGUGUCAGUCAUCAUGAUCAGCUCUUCAGAGAUGAGUAUGCCCUCUACAGACCAUUACAGAGCACAGAGUUCUCAGAAACCCCAUCUCCAGAUAGUGACUCUGUGAACUCUGUUGAGGGGCACUCUGAGCCAUCCUGGUUCAAAGAUAUCAAGUUUGAUGACAGUGACACAGAGCAGAUUGCUGAUGAAGGAGAAGAUAACUUAGCCAACUCCUCCAGCCCUAGCAAGCGCACUUCAGUCAGCAGCUUCCAGUCCACAAUGGACAGUGAUUCAGCCGCCUCCAUCAGCCUGAACGUGGAGAUGGACAACGUGAACUUCCAUAUCAAGAAGCACUCCAAGUACCCACAUGUGCCCCCUCAUCCUGCUGACCAAAAAGAGUACUUGAAUCCUGAAAACGGAGGGCAGCAGAUGUUCUCUAUAAGUGAUGCUUUUAUUAAAGAGUCAUUAUUCAACAGAAGGGUGGAGGAGAAGUCCAAAGAACUGCUUUUCACACCCCUAGGCUGGCACCACAGCAGUCUGGAUCUGCUGAGAGAAGAGAAUGGGGAGAAACAAGCCAUGGAAAGGCUACUGUCUGCUAAUCACAACCACAUGAUGGCAUUGCUUCAGCAGCUUCUGUACAAUGAGUCCUUAUCACUCUCCUGGAGGGAUAUCAUUGUACCUGUGGUCUGCCAGGUAGUACAAACUGUGCGGCCUGAUGUCAAGAACAGAGAUGAUGACAUGGAUAUCCGACAGUUUGUCCACAUCAAAAAGAUCCCUGGUGGAAAGAAAUUUGAUUCCAUGGUGGUGAAUGGAUUUGUUUGCACUAAGAACGUUGCGCACAAAAAGAUGAACUCUUGCUUAAAAAAUCCCAAAAUUCUUCUGCUGAAGUGCUCAAUUGAAUACCUCUAUCGAGAAGAAACAAAGUUUACCUGCAUAGACCCUAUUGUACUUCAGGAAAGGGAGUUCCUGAAGAACUAUGUGCAGCGGAUAGUUGAUGUCAGGCCAAAUCUGGUCCUUGUUGAGAAGACAGUGUCCCGAAUUGCUCAGGACAUGCUCCUGGAGCAUGGUAUCACUCUGGUCAUCAAUGUUAAGCCGCAAGUGUUAGACCGGGUGAGUCGAAUGACCCAAGGAGACUUGGUGAUGUCAAUGGAUCAGCUGUUGACAAAACCACGUUUGGGGACCUGUCAUAAAUUUUAUAUGCAAGCUUUUCAGUUGCCCAAUGAUCAGACAAAAACCCUGAUGUUCUUUGAAGGGUGUCCCCAGCACUUGGGUUGCACAAUCAAGUUGUGUGGUGCUGCAGAGUAUGAGCUGGCCCGUGUGAAAGAGAUCUUAAUCUUCAUGAUCUGUGUGGCUUAUCAUUCCCAGCUGGAAAUCUCUUUCCUUAUGGAUGAAUUUGCCAUGCCUCCUACUCUGACCAAAAACACCUCCUUUCACUCCCUUAUUGAGGACCCAGGAGAUGAAAAUGAGGAGAACCUCUUCAAUGGUGAUGAAUUCACCACAGCAGCCAGAGACAUUGAACUAUCCUCUGAAAAGCUGCCUGUGGUCUCUGAGUCAGUGUCCUCUGAUGAGGUCAGCUUACUUGAACAAAGAGGUUUGUUUGAAAGAAGUGACCAAGAGAACAGUCAACUGGAAACCAUCCCCUCAAAACAGCAAGAGCACCAUAAAGUGGAGUCACAGUUUCCAGUGUUCAACUCUGUACCUCCUGCAAUACCUGAAACAUCCCUGCUGCCCCUCCAUAGUAUGGACCAGCACUUGGUCAGCCAGACACUAGAACCUCUUCAACAGGCAGAUGAUCUGCAGGAGUCCAAGAGUCAGAUGAGAGUCUUCAGAGACCCUCUUCAGGAUGAUACAGGAUUAUAUGUCACAGAAGAGGUGACUUCUUCUGAGGAUCGUAUCAAGACUUACUCUGCAGCAUUCAAGCAGGAGCUGAAAGAUGUCAUUCUCUGUAUUUCUCCUGUAAUGAUGUUCCGUGAGCCAUUCCUUCUGACGGAAAAAGGCAUGAGAUGCCCUGCCCGGGAAUACUUCCCUGAGCAGGUUUAUUGGUCUCCUCUUCUCAACAAGGAAUACAAGGAGUUGGAGAGCAGAAGGAAGAGACAGUUAUUGCGGGAUCUCUCUGGACUACAAGGGAUGAAUGGGAGCAUCCAAGCCAAGGCUAUCCAAAUCUUACCUUCUCACGAGUUGGUUAAUACUAGAAUAGCAGAACAUCUAGGUGACAGCCAGAGCUUAGCCAGAAUGCUGGCUGACUAUCGGGCCAGAGGAGGGAGGAUACUACAGAAAAGCAUGGAUCCCUUUGCCCAAAGUAAGGAUGUGUCCAGUAUCCCUACUGGAAAAACUGGAUGCAGAAUUGAAGAGGAUGAGAAAGGUCUGACACAGAGUGAAUCCUCAUGGGCGCACAAGGUGGAUUGUCUGAGUCCAGUAAAUCAUCAGAGGCUUUGUGUUCUCUUCAGUAGCUCUUCUGCUCAGUCCAGCAAUGCUCCGAGUGCCUGUGUUAGCCCCUGGAUUGUGACCAUGGAAUUCUAUGGGAAAAAUGAUCUGACUCUAGGGAUUUUCCUGGAGCGCUACUGUUUCAGGCCAUCCUACCAGUGCCCCAGCAUGUUCUGUGAGACGCCAAUGGUGCAUCACAUUCGUCGCUUUGUUCAUGGGCAAGGCUGUGUGCAAAUUGUGUUAAAGGAACUGGACUCUCCGGUCCCUGGUUACCAGCACACCAUUCUCACUUACUCCUGGUGCAGACUCUGCAAACAGGUGACACCAGUUGUUCCCCUUUCCAACGAUUCUUGGUCUAUGUCUUUUGCAAAAUACCUUGAGCUGAGAUUCUAUGGGCAUCAGUACACAAGAAGGGCCAAUGCAGAGCCUUGUGGUCAUUCCAUCCACCACGACUAUCAUCAGUAUUUUUCCUAUAAUCAGAUGGUGGCAUCUUUCAGCUACUCUCCAAUCCGGCUGCUAGAAGUGUGUGUCCCGCUCCCCAAGAUCUACAUCAAGCGGCAGACUCCGUCAAAAGUCACUAUUUUGCAAGAUCUCAAGGAUUUCUCCCAAAAGGUGUCACAAGUGUAUCUUGCUGUUGAUGAUCGCCUUGCUUCUCUGAAAACAGAUACUUUCAGCAAAACUAGAGAAGAGAAGAUGGAAGACCUUUUUGCCCAAAAGGAGAUGGAAGAGGGAGAGUUUCUAAACUGGACUGAGAAAAUCCAAGCAAGGCUGCUUUCAUCAUCAUUAGACACACCUCAGCAGCUGCAAUCUGUUUUUGAGUCUCUGAUUGCUAAAAAGCAGGGACUUUGUGAGAUGCUACAAGCCUGGAAUAGUAGAUUGCAGGAUCUCUUCCAGCAAGAAAAAGGUAGAAAACGUCCAUCAGUACCACCAAGCCCUGGGAGACUGAGGCAAGGUGAAGAAAGCAAGAUCAGUAGCAUGGAUGCUUCCCCACGCAAUGCUUCUCCAGCACUGCAAAAUGGAGAAAAAGAGGAUCGUUUCCUGACUACAUUAUCAAGUCAGAGCUCCACAGGCUCUACACAUCUUCAUGUGCCCACUUCUCCAGAGGCUGUAUCAGAGCAUAUGACUGGUGCCAACACGCUGUCUGAACAGGAUACGACAAGCAGCUCAGAAGAUGUGUUUGAUGGACACUCACUGGGAUCUACAGACAGUCAAGUGAAGGAGAAGUCUACUAUGAAAGCUAUUUUGGCUAACUUUUUGCCUGGAAACAGCUAUAACCCCAUUCCAUUUCCCUUUGACCCAGAUAAACACUACCUAAUGUAUGAGCAUGAACGUGUACCUAUUGCAGUCUGUGAGAAGGAACCAAGCUCCAUCAUAGCUUUUGCUCUCAGUUGCAAGGAGUACAGGAAUGCCCUUGAUGAGUUGUCCAAAGCAUCUCUGAAGAACAGUUCUGAAGAAGGACUACAACCAAACAGCACAUCAGACAACAAACCAAAGACAAGUAGCCCUGUCCGCCUGCCUGAGGCUAACAUGGGUCCUUCAAACCGCAGUGCUGAACCAGAGCAGCCAAAGAAACCGUCUGGCGUUUUGUCUUUCUUCCGUGGCACGGGAGGGAAGAGCCCAGACCUGUCUUCUCAGAAGAAAGAGACCUUACGUGGUGCUGACAGUGCUUACUACCAGGUCGGACAGAUGAGUAAAGAGGGAAUGGAAAACCAAGGAGCAGAACCUCAAGAUGACAUAGAUGGAGGAGAUGGACAGAAGAGGCAGCUGGUGAAUCCCCAUGUGGAACUACAGUUCUCAGAUGCAAACGCCAAGUUCUACUGCCGGAUUUAUUACGCUGGCGAGUUUCACAAGAUGCGGGAAGUGAUACUGGGGAGCAGUGAGGAGGACUUCAUUAGAUCUCUCUCUCACUCCAUGCCCUGGCAGGCACGAGGUGGCAAAUCUGGGGCUGCAUUCUAUGUGACUGAAGAUGAUAGAUUCAUCUUGAAGCAGAUGCCUCGUCUGGAAGUCCAGUCAUUCCUUGACUUUGCUCCACACUACUUCACUUACAUCAUUAAUGCAGUUCAGCAGAAGAAGCCCACAGCACUGGCCAAAAUCCUUGGGGUAUAUCGAAUUGGAUACAAGAACUCUCAAAACAACACUGAAAAGAAGCUGGAUCUGCUUGUCAUGGAAAAUCUUUUCUAUGGCAGGAAAAUGGCUCAGGUGUUUGAUCUGAAGGGCUCCCUCCGGAACAGAAAUGUUAAAACAGACACAGGCAAAGAAAGCUGUGAUGUAGUCCUGCUGGAUGAGAACCUUCUGAAGAUGGUCCGGGACAAUCCUUUGUACAUCCGUUCUCAUUGCAAGGCUGUGCUGAGAGCUUCCAUACACAGUGAUUCCCAGUUCCUCUCCAGCCACCUCAUCAUCGACUAUUCCCUGCUGGUGGGUCGUGAUGAUACCAAUAAUGAGCUGGUCGUUGGGAUCAUUGACUACAUUCGCACUUUUACCUGGGACAAAAAGCUUGAAAUGGUGGUAAAGUCAACUGGCAUCUUAGGAGGGCAAGGUAAGAUGCCAACUGUCGUCUCUCCAGAGCUGUACCGGACCAGGUUUUGUGAAGCUAUGGACAAGUAUUUCCUGAUGGUGCCAGACCAUUGGACAGGACUGGGCCUGAACUGCUAAGCUAAAACCCAUAUUGGGAAAGCACAAGAGGAUGAUGACAUUUUAGGCCACUCCCUUCCUGCAGUCUGUCAGCAGUAAGAAGGAGGAUUGCAGUUCCAUGUCUACACUGGCCAUGUGUUCAUGUUGUGAAAUCUGCUUGUUGCACUUCAGUCCUCUUCUGGAGGUCGAUAAGCUAACCAGCUUCACUGAGGAUCUAAACUGUAGGGUUCCACUGAACAGCAUUGAUGAGAGACAUCUCCUGUCAGUAGGGACAGUGACACUAUCUCCACAUAAGAGUACUGGAAGAGGUACUGUGCAUUUCAUGAUGUUGUAGAAGGACAUGAUCUUGAAGUCUUGCAUUGCCUAAGUGGUGCUGAAUAUGAGCAGUUCAUGUUUCUGUAGUGGAUAUAUACUGCAAAUGUGAAGUUGCCCUCUGCCCACAUUGGUGCAGGGGGGAGAGAAGAAUGAAGUUAAUUCCUGAGUUCUGCUGUUGCAGUGGUCUGCAGCAGUUCUGGUUAGGAUCCAUGAAUGUCUCACUUAUGCUCUGUAGCUUCAGUUUUUCCUGGGUUCUGCAAACAGUAUUUUUUUUUAUUUGUACUGUUUUUAAAAGGCAGCUUCACCACUCUAAUGCCAUAUCAUGACAUCUUUUAAGUUAUAUUACUUCAAUACAAUUCUGUCUUUAUCUGUUGCAAUCUCAUUUUAUCUGAAUCCCAUAAAAAUGGGUUGCCUGUCAUCAGCGUACUGCGAAACCCAGAACAGAUUCCUUUAAUCCUGGGCAGCACCUUGAUCUGAAUGUUGUCCAAAUCCCCAAAAGCAGGUAACUGAAAAAUACACCCUUUAAUUUAACAAGACUUGAUUAAUUACAGUUAUGAAGCUCUUUCCUUAGCAGAAGGCACUACGUUGCAAGAAAAAUGAAGCAUACUGCCUUGCAGUGACAACUUUUUCCUUAGUGAAGCCAUCAUUCCUGACAGAUCAAAUCCAUUUCAAUUCCCCAAGACUUUCAAACAGUGCAUUUACCUCAUGGUGAAAUUUUGCCAGGACAAUGUUUUUCUUGUGGUCUUAAUGUGCUGAUGAGAAUGAGCAUCCAGAUCUUGUCACGCUGUGCAGUUCCAAGGGGAAAGCUCUCUUCAGCAGUGUUUUUAUUUCUUUUCCCCACCACUGGGAUGAAUGUAGUUGUCAUUUUCUGUAAGAAAAACAAACCUGAACUAACAAGUGUCUUGAAUGAUGGAUAAGAUGUGCAAACCUGUGAAUCUCUGUUAUGGUAAGAAGUAGCACUUCUUUCCAUUUUAAUUGAUUUUUACCUGGUUUUGUAGGUGAUGUGUUCACUUUUUAGCUUCAGUAUAAUGUAGGCCAGUAAGUAACAGGGGGAUCUGUGAGUUUGAGAGGCAGGAAUAAUGUCUUUUGACAGUCUCUGAUCCAGGGGACUUCAAACAAACACAGAGUCUGGGACAGUGUAGCUCUUUGUGACCACUUGUUCAUUCUGACCAGUUGCCUGAUAAUGCCACCUUCACUGUAACUAUGAAUUGAAAUGUGCAUUUUGUUCACUGCUCCUCUAUUCAGCGUUUUCUUCUACAGCAGAUGGCUUUGUUCAGAAAUUGCAGCUAGGCAGAACUGAAAAAAGGAAAAUGCCAGCAGUGAGAAUUUAAUUGUUGUCUCUGAAAACAACCAGUGCAACUCGGGUCUGGGCUGCCAGGAGGCAACAGUCGUUUGUGCUGGACGAGGUCUUCCCCACUACAUUGCAAAGCCCUUCUGGAGGAUGACCAAAGAUGCUGACCCUGAAGCAGCAGAAAUAGCAGUAUUCUCAGUUCCUCUGUACAAUGUAAUCAUUGUUUCUGGGAUGCAGUGUUGAAGGCUGCAGUGAUGUGUGCUGUGGAAAGAUGACUUGGUACUUCUUGCUUCCUCUGACCCAGAAUCUUUUCAGGUCCAACACACCACAUCAGGCACAAUUGGUUACCUCUGGGACUCAUCUUGCCCUCUGUGUGGAAACACACUCCUACAGUAGCUAGUGGUGUGUAUGGCUUUGUUUAGUGAGGAACCAAGAGUCCAUUAGAUUAAUGCUGCUCUCACUUCUGUGCCAUUUGUCUGCUGUCUUGGUCCAUCAGUGUUGAAAAGGCAUGCCGGGCAGCCUGAAUCUGUUCCAGUCUCAGUUCAGGUUUACUUGUAUUCUUCCUCUUUUUCCAUCCUAAAGUUUACAGGGAAAACUUGUCUAUCCUGACUAGCUAAGGUGACCCAAUAAUAGCUGCUUAUAUUUCCUUUCACCUUUGUCAGUACGUGGAUUGGUUGAUGGAGCAUGAAUAUGGGCAGUGUCAUGGCAUCUGCACUAGUCUAACCCAGAGCUGGGAUGUACUGGCUUUGCCUGGUCACCAGUAGCCCUUACUCCAGUGAUGUGUGGCUGCUCCACAUUGCUUGUCUUCUGGAGUUCCAGACAGCUGGUUCUAAAGCAACGUGAUCAUCUCACUAGCUAAUAUUCUGCAGUGCUGAGGGCCAUGCUGUCAUGUGCAGGAGAAGUGGGAGAACAUUCUGCUGGCCAGCUGUUCUGCAGCCUGUGAACUUGGAGCUCAAAUGUGCAAGUUGUGAUCCUCUUGGGCGGAAGUUACAGCAGUUGCAGGAGUGACCUUGAGUUAACAUCAACAGCUAACUAAUCCUGGAGUAAAUAGAAAUCUAUUAGUAAGGGUAGUCCAAUAACCGUAGUAUCAGCCUGAACUGGGACAUCUUUGGAUACCAUGUGUCAUAGAGCUGCACUUCUAGUUUGAAUCCCAGCAGUUGAACAGAUCUCAAAUGCUCCAUUUUCAGGAGAAGACUUGUCCUUACAUUUCACUUGCUGCAAAGCUGACUUUCUCAAAAGAGUAGUGAUCCUUAAGAGAAUUUUGAGGUAGCUCCUUGUGGGGCUGUUAGGUCUGUGUCCCUGCAGCAUGCCUAAGGAUCUCCCUGGGGAGCAGCCUAGGUAUAAUAUGAGCCCUUGGAUUUAGAGUCUUAUUUCUUCAUAACACAGGUGCGGUAUAUAUGCAUGUCAGCAAAUCCCCAUUGCAAACUUGAAGACUACAUUUCUUCUCAGCUACAAUAUCUCUUCUGUUGUUUUGAUCUGAGGCCUUGUGACAAAUGUCUAAAUCUUGUCUCAGAAGUGAUGACUGACUUGCUUAGAGUCGUCAUGUAGACAGCAGAAUGCCUUGUAGUAGCCUGGGGAUGCAUUUUGUCUCUCAAAAUCACAUGAGAAUCUUCCUGAUUAAGUAGCUCUGUUGGGCUCAGGAUUGUUACCAGUGGAGUGGACUCCUCUGUGAGAAUGACCAAAAACAAACCAAUUGCUCACUAGCAGGUGGUCAGACUAAUAAUUAUUCAAAGCACUUAAUGUACCAUAAAGUGUGUAUUUCUAAUUUACCUUGGUUUGGCUGUAUUUUAUAAAGUUGAUGUACUAAACUAUUUGAGAAUAAUAUUUGAUGCCUUGACUACUUAGAGAAUUAAAAUGUAUAUAGGUACAAAUAAAGUGACUAAAUCAUACUUGACUUAA